CCGGGGUAGCGCAGGCAGACAAAGUGGCUCGCGGAGUUAGGCCUGUUGCUGAGGCGGGGAGGAGGGGCCCGAGGCGUGAGGGAAACCGCUAUGAGGGCCGUGUUGACGUGGAGAGAUAAAGCCGAGCAGUGUGUAUAUGACCUCGCAUUUAAGCCCGACGGAACCCAGCUGAUUUUGGCUGCAGGAAACAGAUUACUGGUUUACGACACGUCUGAUGGCACCUUACUUCAGCCCCUAAAGGGACACAAAGAUACUGUGUACUGUGUGGCAUAUGCGAAGGACGGCAAGCGCUUUGCUUCUGGAUCAGCUGACAAAAGUGUUAUUAUCUGGACGUCAAAAUUGGAAGGCAUUCUGAAGUACACGCACAAUGAUUCUAUCCAGUGUGUCUCCUACAACCCUGUUACCCACCAGCUGGCGUCCUGUUCCUCCAGUGACUUUGGCUUAUGGUCUCCUGAACAGAAGUCUGUCUCUAAGCACAAAUCUAGCAGCAAGAUCACCUGCUGCAGCUGGACAAACGACGGCCAGUACCUGGCUCUGGGGAUGCUCAGUGGGAUCGUCAGCAUACGGAGCAAAAACGGCGAGGAGAAGGUGAAGGUUGAGCGGCCGGGCGGCUCCCUCUCCCCCAUAUGGUCCAUCUGCUGGAACCCUUCAAGCCGAUGGGAGAGUUUCUGGAUGAACAGAGAGAACGAGGAUGCCGAGGAAGUCACUGUCAACAGAUAUUUUCAGGAAAUCCCUUCCACUCUGAAGCCAGCAGUGUACAGUAGUCAGGGUAGUGAGGCAGAGGAGGAGGAGCCAGAGGAAGAGGACGACAGUCCCAGGGACGACAACUUAGAGGAACAUAAUGACAUCCUGGCUGUAGCUGAUUGGGGACAGAAACUUUCCUUCUACCAGCUGAGUGGAAAACAGAUUGGGAAGGAUCGGUCACUGAACUUUGACCCCUGCUGCCUCAGCUACUUUACUAAAGGGGAGUACAUUUUGCUGGGGGGGUCAGACAAGCAAGUAUCCCUUUUCACCAAGGAUGGAGUGCGCCUUGGGACUGUUGGGGAGCAGAACUCCUGGGUGUGGACGUGUAAAGUGAAACCUGAUUCCAACUAUGUGGUGGUAGGCUGCCAGGAUGGCACCAUUUCCUUCUACCAGCUUAUUUUCAGCACAGUCCACGGACUCUACAAGGACCGAUAUGCCUACAGGGAUAGCAUGACUGAUGUCAUCGUGCAGCACCUGAUCACCGAGCAGAAAGUUCGGAUUAAAUGCAAAGAGCUUGUCAAGAAAAUUGCCAUCUACAAAAAUCGAUUAGCUAUCCAACUGCCCGAGAAAAUCCUCAUCUACGAGUUGUAUUCAGAUGACUCGUUGGACAUGCGGUACCGGGUGAAGGAGAAGAUUGUUAGGAAGUUCGAAUGUAACCUCCUGGUGGUGUGUGCCGACCACAUCAUCCUCUGCCAGGAGAAGCGGCUGCAGUGCCUGUCCUUCAGCGCAGUGAGGGCGCGGGAGUGGCAGAUGGAGUCUCUCAUUCGCUACAUCAAGGUGAUCGGCGGCCCCCCAGGAAGGGAGGGUCUUUUAGUCGGCCUGAAGAACGGACAGAUCCUGAAGAUCUUUGUGGACAGUCUCUUUGCCAUCGUCCUGCUAAAGCAGGCCACAGCCGUGCGCUGCCUGGACAUGAGUGCCUCCCGCAACAAGUUGGCCGUGGUGGAUGAAAACGACACGUGCCUAGUGUAUGACAUCCACACCAAGGAGCUGCUAUUUCAGGAGCCGAACGCCAACAGUGUGGCCUGGAACACCCAGUGUGAGGACAUGCUCUGCUUCUCUGGAGGCGGCUACCUCAACAUCAAGGCCAGCACCUUCCCCGUCCACCAGCAGAAGCUGCAGGGCUUCGUGGUCGGCUACAACGGCUCCAGGAUCUUCUGCCUCCACGCCUUUUCUAUGUCGGCCGUGGAGGUGCCACAGUCUGCUCCGAUGUACCAGUACCUGGAUAGGAAGAUGUUCCGAGAAGCCUACCAGAUUGCUUGCUUGGGCGUGACAGACACUGACUGGCGUGAGCUGGCCAUGGAAGCUUUAGAAGGAUUGGAGUUUGAAACAGCAAAGAAGGCCUUCACCAGAGUACAAGACCUCCGGUAUUUAGAGCUCAUCAACAGCAUUGAGGAGAGGAAGAAGAGGGGAGAGACCAACAAUGACCUGUUUCUGGCAGAUGUGUUUUCCUACCAGGGGAAGUUCCACGAGGCCGCCAAACUGUACAAGAGGAGCGGGCACGAGAACCUCGCGCUCGACAUGUACACAGACCUCCGCAUGUUCGAGUAUGCCAAGGAUUUCCUUGGAUCUGGAGACCCCAAAGAAACAAAGAUGCUAAUCACCAAACAGGCCGACUGGGCUCGAAAUAUCAACGAGCCCAAAGCCGCCGUGGAGAUGUACAUCUCGGCGGGCGAGCACGGCAAGGCCAUAGAGAUCAGCGGCGACCACGGCUGGGUUGACACGCUCAUCGACAUUGCCCGUAAGCUGGACAAGGCCGAGCGGGAGCCCCUGCUGAUGUGCGCCCACUACUUCAAGAAGCUGGAUAACCCUGGCUAUGCUGCCGAGACCUACCUGAAGAUUGGGGACCUGAAGUCCUUGGUUCACCUGCACGUGGAGACCCAGCGCUGGGAUGAGGCCUUCGCCUUGGGUGAGAAGCAUCCCGAGUUUAAGGAUGACAUCUACGUGCCCUACGCUCAGUGGCUAGCAGAGAACGAUCGUUUUGAGGAAGCCCAGAAAGCAUCCCGUUUUCACUUCUCUGUGGGAACAGUUGCCACCUCUGGACACAUUUCGGGGUGGCUCCCUGUGGAAGCUGCUCAGCUGAGAGGCCCCGUUGAAGGACAGCACAUUCUCCAUUGCUUCAGCAUUUCCAGAGCACCCAGUUGCCGAACGUUCCGCAAGGCCGGGCGGCAGGGGGAAGCAGUCAGGGUGCUGGAGCAGCUCACACACAAUGCCGUGGUCGAGAGCAGAUUUAAUGACGCUGCCUAUUACUACUGGAUGCUGUCCGUGCACUGCCUCGGUAUAGCUCGAGACCCUGCCCAGAAGGACGUGAUGCUCGGCAAGUUCCACCACUUCCAGCACUUGGCUGAGCUGUACCACGGCUACCACGCCAUUCAGCGGUACACGGAGGAGCCGUUCAGUUUCCACCUUCCCGAAACUCUCUUCAACAUCUCCAGGUUCCUGCUGCACAGCCUGACCAAGGACACUCCCCUGGGCAUCUCUAAAGUGAACACGCUCUUCACUCUAGCCAAACAGAGCAAAGCACUGGGUGCCUACAAGCUGGCCCGCCACGCCUAUGACAAGCUGCAGGGCCUGCAGACCCCCGCCAGGUUCCAGAAGUCCAUCGAGCUGGGCAGCCUGACCAUUCGCUCCAAGCCCUUCCAUGACAGCGAGGAGUUGGUGCCCUUGUGCUACCGCUGCUCCACCAACAACCCGCUGCUAAACAACCUGGGCAACGUUUGCAUCAAUUGCCGCCAGCCCUUCGUCUUCUCAGCCUCUUCCUACGAGGUGCUGCACCUGGUUGAAUUCUACCUGGAGGAGGGGAUCACUGAUGAAGAAGCCGUCUCCCUAAUUGACCUGGAGGCGCCAAGACACAAGCGUGAGAGCAAAUGGCAAGAGAUCGCGAGCAACACUUCCCAGACUCUGAGGCUGGACGAGCCCCUGGACUCCAUGGGAGACGAUGACCCCUUCACAGCCAAGCUGAGCUUCGAGCAAGGUGGCUUGGAGUUUGUGCCCGUGGUGGUGAACCGCUCGGUGCUGCGCUCCAUGAGCCGGCGGGACGUGCUCAUCAAGCGCUGGCCCCCGCCCCUGCGGUGGCAGUACUUCCGCUCCCUCCUGCCCGACGCCUCCAUCACCAUGUGCCCCUCCUGCUUCCAGAUGUUCCACGCAGAGGACUACGAGCUGCUGGCGCUUCAGCACACCUGCUGCCCCUACUGCCGCAGGCGCGUCGACGACCCCAGCCCCUGACCGGCACCCUCGGGACCACCGGCCCCCUCCCGGCCGCCUUGCAGGUGGCCGGGCUAUCGAAGGAAGAGUUAAACCGUCAGAAUGUGUCUUCUGCCCAGAUCAAGUUUGAACUCUAGGGAGGGGCCUUGUGUAACCACGGAAUUCCUAUUUAUGGCAUUUCAUGCCUUGUAAAUAGUGCCAGGAGAGGGAGAAGAGAAUGUACAUAUAUUUUCUAAGAAAAAAAAAUCUGUUACUUUCAGAACGGCUCUGAGUUGUUCACGGCAGCCUGCUGGAGUCCACAGAUCUGUCAGACCAUUAACAUGUACACUUUGCGAACAGAUUGCCUCAAUAAUUACAAAUAAAAGGGCUACUUAUUUUCAUCAU